AUGAAUACACAUCUUCUCUCCACUCUCCUCCUUUUGGUCGUUCUCAAUGUCAGUGCAAUCUAUAGUGAAGAAGAUACAGAAACUCUGCUCUGUCUUGCGCACCAAAAAACUUUUGAAGGCUCCUGCUAUGAGUUUGUGACCCUGCAGCGUAGCUUCCUCGAAGCUCAAAGUUGGUGUGAGCGUGGUGGUGGACACCUGGCCUUCAUCCAGAAUGAUGAGAUGCAGCAGUUUCUCCAGAGACAUUUGCAAUUGGAGCAGGACUGGUGGCUAGGACUGGCGCCUGCCUCCUUCAACCUCAGCAUGGGCUCGGCUGCCACAGAGGGUUCCUUGUCCUGGCUUGAUGGAUCUGACGUGAGUUACUCGAACUGGCUCCGUGAACCUGAGAUUGGUGAAGCUUGUGGUUACAUCUUGAAGGAAUCUGGAUUUCAGUGGGCGUCGACCAAAAACUGUAGUCAAGAGUUCCACUUUAUCUGCGAGUUUGAGUCGGGACAUGGUCUAGCCUGUAUAGACCACAACGCCACGCUACAGUGUGGCUCUGGUCAGGUUAUAGAGAUUGAUGACAGCUUCUACGGCAGGAAGAGUCUACACUACUGCAGGGCCGGACGCUCUGUUCCUCAUACAUCCUUACAGGAGGAGUGCAGCUGGGUCGACGUGGUGGAUACGGUGUCAGGGCACUGCCAUGGGUUGCAGGUAUGCCAAGCUGUUGCAGAUGUAGCAUUGUUUGGAGAACCUUGUCCAGGACUAGGAAGCUAUUUAUCAGUGGAUUAUCACUGCAAAGAUGGACUUCAUUUGCUGAUUAAUAAGCAAGCUGCUGUCUUUGAUAACGUCACCUUGACUAUAAAGUGGUUGCUCCAUCCUUUCCAAGGAAAUCUCACAUGCACUUUGAAUGCUGGUGAUGGACACACCAUCGACCCCUACAUGCCUGAGAAUUAUGUAGUGCACAGAUACCAACACGCUGGAGUCUAUACUGUUACAGUAGAGUGUAGCACCAGUGAGUGGCACGUGACAGCUCAGAAAACCAUCACCAUCCAAGAACCUGUUGGGGAAUUUAACACAAUUGUGUGCCACAGCUCAAACCAGACAACGGACAGGGAAAACUGCAAAGGUCUUAACCACCAUGCGCUGAGAAUCCAAGUGCAGCUCAGUGCUGGUACUAACGUCACAUACAAAAUCCAGCGUGGGAUCACUGAGCUUGUCCGCUCUUCUGAAGUCAGAGGGAUCAUUCGUCACAACAUCACUAUCCCUCAAGAAGCUUUACAGCUUUUGGGCUUGGGAUGCCAUCAACUUACUCUCCUGGCCUCCAAUGGAGUGACCACUCCAGAUGUGUCUGCUACUCUGGAACUUUGCUUGGUGGAGCCAGUGGCUGGUCUUCAAGCCUCUGUGGCACCAGAACAGGAUCUGUGCUCAGACUCAGCUCUAUAUGUUAAUGUCUCCCUGGACCACGGUACUCCAGUUGAGGUGCUCUUUCUGGUCUCUGGGGAUAACAGCAGCUUCUCCGAGACCCAUCACAUGCUAAAUGGGAGUUUACAGAUGUUCAGGGUCUCCAGCAAAAUAGAAGGUUCUGUUGAUAUUGUUGUCAGGGCGUGGAACUUGUUUUCAUCAGUGGAAGUUGAUGCCGGAGACACACUAUUGGAUUGCCAGGUGGACAACUCAACAGAAGAUCACAUGGGAGGGCUAACUGGCAAUAACCUGAUGAUCACUGCAAACCCUGAGAACCCAGUCAUAGGCAUGAGUAGCAUAAUGUUGCGUGUUAGUGGCCUAAAUGGAAAUGCUGAACUUUACACAUUUGCCUGGAACUGCAGUAAGUGGUCAUUUAUUAAAAUAAAAAUCCAGAGUGCUUUACAUGCCUACCUAGAUGCAACUCCCUUUUCUGACCAUACAAUAAAGAAUAAUGGUAUUGGAAUCCACUGCCAUUUCUUUUUCUUUCAGGUGGAACUUGUCCCUGUAAUGUCAGUACUCAGACUAACCCAUCAGAUAAGUGCUACAUGUCUCCCUCCACCCUACAGUUUUUCAAUCUACUCUGUGACCGCCACAAAGGCAGCGGGACAGCUAGAGGAACGGACAGCAAGCAAAUGCAUCUCUGUGUCUCCAGGGAAUGAUUUUAAUCCAGUGAUUACAUGUUCCAACUGUGACCCAGUGAAUGUCAACGCAAACGUUAAGUUGCAGUUGCAGUGUGAAGGCUGUCAGCAAAUUGUUUGGUACUUUGAGGACACAAACCCUGUACCUGAUGUUUUGAGUUCCUGCUUUAAUGAAAAAGCACAGAAGGCACUGAUCAAACAGAAGGAAGGUGUCAGCUCUUUUGUAAUUGAGAGUGCAACUCUAGUCAAUGCAGAUCAGAAUAUAAAUGUUGUUGCUUAUGGUGUAAGAGAUGGUUUAUCUGGAGCGACUGAAUUCACCAUCCCAAUAUUCGGUGCCUCGUCUACUUUGUUUCCAUCAUUACUACCUGACAGUCAAGCCACAAAUGGGCAGCUUGCAUCCCAACUCCAAACCCAGGUUUUCCCUCCACCGUCCUGUAAUAUUAACCCCACUGUUGGAGACAUUCUCUCUCCCUUCAACAUCACAUGCACUGUGGCUCCUUCAUUCUGCAAAGCUGGACCCUGCAUGUACUGCUUCAGGACAUCCACUGGUGUCUACUUGUACUGUGGCCAUAACCAGAUGGUGGAGUCAUUCUUUCUCCCUGUGGGGAGCGAUGGUAACUACAGCCUGGUUGUAGCGAUCACUGUUGAGAAUGUGGAAGGGGAGAAGAUUAACACAACCUUAUCUGUCCAGGUAAAUGAUGCUAGCAUUGGGAACACAGUGGAGGAUCUGCAGAGCUUUGUGUCCAAGCAGAUGGACCAGUUGUUGCAGCUUGGGAAGUUGACAGGGGCAACAUUAGCCCAGAUGUUCCAGCCGGUGUCUAAUAAGCUGAAUGGGGACACAACCGAGGGCCAAGAACAAGAUGCAAAGAUGAAGCUACGAGAGCAGAUGCUGUUAGACCUGGGCAGAGCUGUGAACACUGCCCCCCUCAGGAACCCUUCAGAAGUGCAAAAGACAGCUGAUGCUGUCAUGGGCCUCACUACACAGAGUGAAGAGCUGACGUCUACAUCUAAGCUAGAGGCCAGCUCACUUUUGUCAAACCUCAGUAUGUCCCUGGUGUCUUUCACACUCUCUGAGGGGGGUGACAAAGAAGUAACAAGGCAGGCAGUCACAUCCAUCAUUCAGGCCACCAGUAACAUCCUCAAAGUGUCUGCCAGCACAGACCAGCAGGAAAUCAUUUCAGAAAACGUGCUAAAUGCAGCGGACAACGUCCAGAGUGUGCUGCUAGCUGGUGCGAGCAUAGACCAAGAGCCCAUCAUUGUUAGCACCUCCGAAAUCAGUGUGUAUGUAAACAGAGUGUCACCAGUGGCACUUCAGAAACAGUCCUUAAGAAUUGGAUACAACAGCUCAGCCAGCUUUGUGCUCCCGUCUUUGGGGCCUAACGUGCUGCCUUUAGAAGAGCCAGUGGAUGUGCGGAUGCUGAGUUUUGCGAUAAACCCUUUCCCCUGGAGGGAAGGCGAGCCCAUAAAUGGAGCGGUAGCAUCUCUCUCCAUCACCCGAAAGAAUGGAUCUGUUAUCCCAGUAUCUAACCUCAGUGAGGAGAUCGAGAUUAUCUUACCAAGACCAGAGGCUGAAGUUAACAGUACAUUUCUGGACCUGGGGAACUACAGUACCUUGGUCAUUAAUGUGACCAAGCCAAACAUAUCUCUGGUUUUGAAAUUGGACCCCUCAGAAGAGAUACCUUUACAUUUACUCCUGGGGUUUGAACACUACCCAAACAACACUCACUACAAGACCACACUUCAGCUCCCUCAACCAGGAAAUUCAGCAGAAGAGAGGUAUGCAUGGGUUCUGGACCCCAGGGAUAUAGCACUAGAAGUAGGGGUUUACUAUCUUCUGGUGAGGCCUAUUGGCCAAGCAGGUGUAAACUCCUUGAAUGCCUCGGUGUACAUCACGUCGAUAGCUGCUCAGUGUAAGUACUGGGAUGAGACUGUAACCAACUGGAGUGACUCUGGCUGCAGGGUUGGACCUCGCACCACACCACUUCUUACUCAGUGCCUGUGUACACAUUUGACAUUUUUCGGGAGUUCCUUCUUUGUCAUGCCGAACCUAGUCGACGUGUCCCGCACUGCUGAACUUUUCGCCACGUUCGUCAGUAACCCUGUGGUGGUGUGUUUUGUGGGUGCCAUUUUCCUCCUCUACCUCAUAGUUGUGGUUUGGGCGCGAAGAAAGGACAUCCAAGACACAGCAAAGGUCAAAGUUACAGUGCUAGAGGACAAUGAUCCCUUGGCUGAAUAUCGCUACUUACUGACCAUCAGCACUGGGCAUCGUCGAGGAGCUUCUACAUCCUCUCAGGUUACAGCAACUCUACUAGGCUCUGAGGGAGAAAGCGAGCCCCAUCAUCUAACUGACUCAGACAAGCCGGUAUUUGACAGAGGAGGAACAGACAUGUUCCUCCUCACCACGCCUUUCUCACUUGGAGAGCUGCAGAGCAUCCGAUUAUGGCAUAAUAAUUCUGGGAAACAUCCUGCUUGGUAUGUUAAUAAGGCGAUGGUCCAGGACCUGGAGACAGGGCAGAAGUGGCAUUUCUUAUGUAGUUCAUGGCUGGCCAUUGAUGUAGGAGACUGCACCCUGGACAAAGUGUUUCCUGCAGCAACAGAGAUGGACUUAAAAAGAUUUAGUAAUCUGUUCUUUAUGAAAACCACAAAGGAUUUCCAAGAUGGUCAUAUUUGGUUUUCUGUGAUCAAUCGGCCCCCCAGCAGUAACUUCACUCGAGUGCAGCGUGUUUCAUGCUGCUUCUCUUUGUUGCUCUGCACCAUGCUGACCAGUAUCAUGUUCUGGGGGAUUCCCACUGACCCCUCUGAGCAGACCAUGGAUCUGGGUAAGAUCGAGUUCACUUGGCAGCAAGUGAUGAUUGGAAUCCAGAGCUCCAUUAUUAUGUUCCCCAUCAACCUUCUUAUCGUGAGCAUCUUCAGAAACACCCGACCAAGGGAACGAAGGACAGAUCAAACUCCUAAACAGCCUAAGACUGAUUCUGUUAAGCAAGGAAAAACAGGACGGGUGUCACCAACCCAACCUCCUUCUCCACAAAGUGACCAUAGGGAGAUCACACCAGACGCUGUAGUCAAGGAUAUCAAAAGGAUAGCCCAAUCACUCUCCAAAGCUCUGAGAAGCCCCAUGCCAAGGAUAGACCCUGAGAAAAUGGAUAUCAACGCUCUCCUGUCACUAGUCGAAGAUAUUAUUUGUCAGCAGAACUGUAUAGGAGGCGAGUUUUACUCUGAUGCCUCCAAAAAGCAGUUUGCCAUCUCUCUGGGGGCUGUAAAUCUUCAUGAGAGGAGUCCUGAACAGAUGCCAAAACAGAAACACAGUAUCUACAGGCAGUAUCUCUACAAACAACUCCAGAAUGUGGAGAAAGAGCUGAGACUGCUGGGUCCUUCCCGGUUCUCUAAACCAGAGAGCUACAUUCAGGCAGUGCUGCAGGUUCAGGGCAUGAAAGGAUUGCUAGAGCCGUAUCUCUCCUCCAGCUCCAGUAGGGACCAGGUCUCCUCCGGCUCCAGUCUGGGGGAGGGCCGCAGCGGUGAUCAGAAGUGCUGCCAGAAAGGCUUGCCCUGGUGGUUUGUGUUUGUUGGCUGGAUUCUUGUUGCAGCCACUAGUGGAGUCUCAGCAUAUUUCACCAUGAUGUAUGGGCUGACGUAUGGAAUGGAUCGCUCUAUUAGCUGGCUCAUUUCUAUGGUUGUGUCUUUUUUUGAGAGCCUCUUCAUUACCCAGCCUUUGAAGGUGCUUGGAUUUGCAGUCUUCUUUGCUCUAGUUCUAAAGACAGUUGAUCAAGAGGAAUGUGGAGAUGUUCCAAUUGAGGGGGCUCUAUCAAGUACAGAUAAUCCUGAUGGCAUAUGCAUUGCCAGGAGGGACAGCACAUGCAGUUUCUAUCAGCCUCCUCCACCCUCUGAUAUUGAGAAGAUGAGGAACAACAUGAUCAAAGAACAGAAAGUCUUUGCACUCAUCAGAGAGAUUCUCAUUUAUGUGGGCUUCCUCUGGAUGCUGCUCCUGGUGGCUUACGGUCAGAGAGAUCCAAAUGCUUACUACCUCGCUCAACAUAUUCAGCAGCGCUUCAGGAACAGUACUGCUGACAGCAUGAACUACAAAGAUGUGUUUACCUGGGCGAACACCACGCUCAUAAAUAGCGUUUUCGGACAACAACCAGGCUUUAUCACAGAUGGAAACUCGAAGCUCGUAGGUAGUGCUCGACUCCGGCAGGUGCGAGUGCACAAGGACUCCUGCAAGACCUCCAGCUUCAUGAGCCGCUCCAUUCAUGACUGCAAUGCUCCAUACUCUUGGGAGGUGGAGGACAUGGGGUCCUACGGUCCAGGCUGGAACAGAUCGGCAGAUGUAAACGCGUCUAAAAGUCUCCUCAUGCCAUGGCGGUACCAAACCCAGUCCAGACUCAGGGCGCAUCCUAUCUGGGGUGGGGUGGCUUUCUACAGAGGUGGGGGCUUUGUUGUGGACCUGGGGCCUAACAAACAAAACGCAAGAAGUUUGCUUCAGUACCUUUUUGACAACACCUGGGUGGACAAAUACACUCGGGCUAUCUUUGUGGAGUUUACAGUGUAUAACGCUAAUGUCAACCUCUUCUGUAUUGUCACGCUGAUGUUUGAGACCACAGCAGUGGGAGCAUUCCAGUAUCGCAGUGAUCUACAAAGUGUUCGCCUUUAUCAGUCAACUGGUGGUUUUCAUAUUUUCAUGAUGGCCUCCGAGGCCAUCUAUUUUCUCUUCAUUCUUUAUUACAUGUUUCAGCAGGGCAAGCUUAUGAAGCAGCACAAGUGGGAAUAUUUCAGGAGCAAGUGGAAUGUUUUGGAGCUAGCCAUCAUUAUUUUAAGCUGGAGUGCAUUGUGUGUUUUCAUCAAGAGGACUCUGUUGGGCAACCGGGACAUUGAGUACUAUCGAAACCACAAAGACCAACAUGCUAGCUUCCAUGAAACCGCCACAGCAGAUGGAGUUCUUGGAUACCUAAUAGCUUUCCUGGUUCUGCUGGCUACGGUCAAACUGUGGCACCUGCUACGCCUCAACCCUAAACUGCAAAUGAUCAGCGCAACCUUGCGUCGGGCAUGGAACGACAUCUCUGGCUUCCUCAUCGUCAUGACGAUUAUGUUAUCGGCGUACUCCAUCGCUUGUAAUUUAAUGUACGGUUGGAAGCUUUAUUCAUACAACACUCUUCUACAUGCUGCCAAGACCAUCGUAAGCUUACAACUGGGGAUCUUCAACUAUGAGGAAGUUUUGCAGUACAAUCCUGUUCUGGGUGCAUUUGUCAUUGGUUCUUGCAUCAUCUUCAUGACAUUUGUGGUUCUGAACCUAUUUAUAUCCGUUAUCCUGGUGGCAUUUUCUGAAGAACAGUUACACCAUAAGCCGUCCGAAGAGGAGGAAAUCGUAGAUCUGAUGCUGAUGAAGAUAUGCAGUCUUUUGGGAAUCAAGGUCAAGAAGAACCAGUUACCUGAGGAACCGAAAGCAAGACCGUUUGCCAUAUCAUAAACGUACGAUUGGGAUCGAAACAUAAAAGUAGCACAUGAAGUGGAUUAUAGAAGCUUUUAUGUAAUGCUCUUUUUGUCUUUGGAAAUUGUAGAACUAUUAAUCUCUCCAUGCACAAUGCUGUCAUUAUAUUUAAAAGCUUGAUGUGAAAGGUGUUACAUGUACUGAGUGUGGGCUUUUAUUAUAUAAGCUGUAAAACGCAGCCCUUUGGGUCUCUGUACCAGGCUUUUAACUGCUUGAUUUCUUCCUGCUGUCCUUAAAUAACAAUCAUAAAACCUACAAAGCUUGGUCUGAGGAGUUACUUUUUGAGUUUUCCUUUUCCUUUGUGUUGGAUAUAUGAAGCUUACUCAUCAGUCCUGACAUACAUCCAUCUAGCUAAACAAAUUUAUACCACAGCACUGUUGAAUUCUUGAACGAUUGGUCAGACAAUGUUG